GUUGAAGUUAUUAUUCGCUUUGUCCGGUUUUUUGCUGACUUGAAACUGCUGUAUUUCUUCAUGCAUCGUUCCUUACAAACACCCACUCGCCAUUGUUGCAAAAAAAUUGAAAACUUCAAGAACAGUGAGACAAAAGAAUGAAAACACUUGGAUGAAGGGCAGAAAAAAGCACAAAACUUCCGCUUGAUUAUUAAAAGUAAAAUGAAGUUCCUGGGGAAGUUUUCCCCAAUGAAGCGCCACUGGGAAAGUUAGCGUAUGUGCAAAGCGGGAGUUCAUCUGGAUUGGCGAUCUUUACAGUCAGUCCCGGUUUGGCCGUCGCCCCAAAAUGUCCCAGACGCCCGAUUUCCCCCCCGUAAUCGAUCUGAACGUUGGAGGAGUUGUAUACACAACAACGUUGAAAACGCUAACCAGCCAUCCGAACUCGAAACUCUUCGGCAUUUUCACCGGCUCGGAACCAGUGGAGAAGGACUCCAAAGGGCGAUUUUUCCUGGACAGGGACGGCGUUCUCUUCAGAUACGUUCUGGAUUUUCUACGAGACGGCACCAUCCUGCUGCCCUACUGCUUCCGUGAGAAGGAAAGACUGAAAAACGAGGCAGAAAAGCUCCUUCUGCAGGGCUUGGUGGAAGCCAUCACCAGCGAGAACCGAGUGAAGCCACCAGGUGUAAUAACGGUGGGCUACAGAGGAAGUUUCCAGUUCGGGAAAGACGGACUGGCCGAAGUGAAGUUCCGGAAGUUGUCCCGAAUUUUGGUCAGUGGCAGGGUGGCGCUUUGCCGGGAAGUUUUCGGGGAAACUUUGAACGAGAGUCGGGAUCCAGAUCAUGGCCAGUUGGAGCGCUACACUUCCAGAUUCUUCCUCAAACAUUCGUUUCUGGAGCAGGCGUUCGACAUGCUGGUGGAGCAGGGAUUUAAAAUGGUGGGAAGUUGCGGCUCUGGGACAUCUGGAGGAUCAUCGGACUUGAAACCGGGCGUCGACGCCGAGGAGAACAGAUGGAAUCAUUACAAUGAAUUCGUCUUCGUGCGAGACUAACUGCCUGAACGAAUUUAUUAGGAUCGAAUUUUUUUCUACUCUUCAUCUGGAACAUCUUCGCUUUCAACGAAUCAUCCGAUAUCAUCAUCAACUAGUUUCCCAACUGUGUAUGCUCGAAUCUACGUAAUAUACCGAGCAGUUUCUUGCUGUUUUUUGUUGA